UCCAAGAUGGCCACCAAUGAUGGAGUAAUGUAAUAAGUUUACAGCGCGUUUGUUUGUUUUUUUAGUUUUUAGAAAAGCUCCUUUGACUCCUGGAAGAGGACUGCGAGCGGGGAAAUAUACAAGGACCUUCGCAACCCCUUUUUAUUUUGGAAGAAGGGGGGGGAAAUACAGCUGUGUAUAUAGUAUGUCUGUAUAUUUCUCAGAGAAACCUUUGGAUUAGGACUUCAGCCGUGCGUUGGAUUCCACCCCCCCUCCCUAUCUUUCCCUCCCCUCAUGACUUGUGAGAGGAUUUGGGAGGAGGAUUCGCAGACGGAGCCACCUAAAGAAAAAUCUAUUGAUUUAUAUUAGAUAUUCUUUCACCUCUCUGCUGCUCUUUCUCUUCCUGUUUCCCCUUUCUCUUCAUUUCCUCUCUUUUUUUAUGAACAUACAGAAUUUCUUCUUGAGUCUAUCGCGAAGUUUUUUUUGGGGGGCUGACGGAAACUAACGUCGAAAGGAAAAGAAGCUUCGAAGUCUUUUCCCCCUCCCUCCCUUCUCCACCCGUAUUGAGUGGAGUUUUUUUCCUGGGGGGAAAAAAUUGAAGUGUCUUUUGAGAGCGACAGAGGAGAAGAAACAACAACAAAAGGCUCGACGCUUGAGGCGGCUUUUCUUUUUCAAUAUAUUAUAUAAUUUUUUUGGGACGUGGCAAGAGAAGGAGGGAGAAGGUUUUCUUUUAGGGGAAGAGGAGGAAAAAAAAGCAAAUCCACGGAAGAGUCUGGAUAAAUUUCUUGUGGGAGUCGAUUUCCGAGCUGAGGAAGACAAACUUAUUUACUGUUUUAAAAUAUACACCAGCCGCGACGACGACAACAGAAAGAGAAAGCUUUUCGACAGGGGAAAUCCAAGUUCGUUUCGUCUGAUUAUAAUUUACACCUUUUCCUUUCGUUAAAAAAAUUUCAACAAAAAAGAACAGCCGUUUACCCCGAUGACAGUUGAGGUCAUGAGCACAAAAACUCCGCUGUUCUAGGAUUUAAAAAGAAUGUCAUCAGAGGACAAAAGUGUGGAACCUUCCGACCUAGGACCGCCACUGCUAUCUGCUGCCCUUGUGGCUGCUCCUGUUGGUAGCCCUGUACAUAAUGACAAACGACCACGGGGGCGACCUCGCAAAGAUGGCACAACUCCUCUACAGAAGAAAAAAAAGUCUCGGAGCAGGGGGAGGACGGUUAUUGAAGAUGAUGACAGUAUGGAUGGAUUGGAGACAACAGAAAAUGCGAUGGAAGCAGACAUUAAAGAUGACUCACUGGAGGAGGAUAUCCUUACAGAAAUGGAGACCAAUGAACGACCGUCUCUCCUGCAGCGUUCGAUAUCUGAAGACUCUGCCAGCUCUACAACCUCAGUCAAACUAGAUACAAAAACCAGCAAUGAACAGCUCUGUGCCUUGUGCUAUUGUGGUGAACGCAGCUCAUUGGGGCAGGGUGAUUUGAAAAGAUUCAACCCAACUCCAGAUUUUAUAGUGCUAAGGAAGAGCCCAUCUCAAGCAAAGCAAGAUGGUACUGAUAGUUUGGAGGAUGUUAAUGACAAGAACCACAAACAAUGUCCCUCUUCGCAAAUGUGGCAGCAAAAGUCUCCUUGCCAUGCUGCAAUGCCCAUCUCUACGUGUAUUAAUGCUCCAGUGGCUUCUGAAGAACAGACAAGCAGAUAUUGGGAUGAGCUCAGUCAAGUUGGCCUUCCUGAUGAUAUUGAUGUCCAGGCCUUAUUUGAGCCUUCAGGCCACUGCUGGGUUCACCACUGUUGUGCAGAAUGGUCUUUUGGAGUGUGCCAGACAGAUGAACAUGUACUGAUGCAUGUGGACAAAGCAGUUCUCUCAGGGAUUGCAGAGCACUGUGCAUACUGUAAGCGCCUUGGAGCCACCAUCAAAUGCUCAGAAAUGAGGUGCAAUCAGCUGUACCAUUAUCCAUGUGCAGCUGGAGCUGGUACAUUUCAAGAUAUCAAGACACUCACUCUCCUCUGUCCAGAACACAUCGACCAGGCUCCAGAAAGAUCCAAGGAAGAAGCAAACUGUGCUGUUUGUGAUAGCCCAGGUGAACUUCUGGACCAACUUUUCUGCACUAGUUGUGGACAGCAUUACCAUGGAGCAUGCCUAGACAUAGUUGUGACCCCUUUGAAACGGGCUGGGUGGCAGUGUCCGGAUUGCAAAAUCUGCCAGACCUGCAGACAUCCAGGUGAUGACAGCAAAAUGUUGGUUUGUGACAUCUGUGACAAAGGCUAUCACACGUUUUGCCUCCAACCAGCAAUGGAGUCGAUACCUACAAAUGGCUGGAGGUGUAAGAAUUGCAGGGUGUGUGUUGACUGUGGCGCACGGACCAGCACUCAUUGGCACCAUAAUUGUUCACUUUGUGCUAACUGUUACCAGCAGCAAGACCACAGCCUGUCCUGUCCACACUGUGACAAGACGUGCUAUCAAGAUUCCCAGAAAGACGUGUUGCAUUGUCAGAUUUGCAAGAGAUGGGUUCACAUAGAAUGUGACAGAUCUUCAGAGAAUACUGAAGAUGCUUCACUAAAGGAAUGCUACAUCUGUACCAUAUGUAAAGAAACAGAGGUUGCAAUGGAAAAUAUUCAAUCUUGUGAAAAUAUCGAAACUGUUCACUCUGUUCAAGAAACUGCCAUAGGUGUUGUUGAAAUUAGUGGAACUAUGAAAGAACAAUUAUCACAUGAAGAAAGUGUUCAUAAGCCAGCCAAUGUCUUUAACCACGCAGGCGAUCAAACCACAGUGGCAAAUGAAAAUGAUUUGGCAGUCGUCCAUACAGCUGAUUUAGCAAAGGAGGCUUCAGUCUCUGAAAAAGCGGUUCAGCAGCAUGAGUAUCCAUCUCCUGUGACAGAUGUUCAAGAGCUUAAAGCGACUGAAAACAAACCUGAAACACUAGAGCAACCUCAGCUGGAUGAGGAAAUACAAAAUUUGGAAGAAGUUGUUGAAGGAUCGGUGCUUGUGAAAGAAGAGCAUCAGUUAUGUGAGAAUAAGUCAGAACUAUUGGAGAUUUCUGUCCUAGAAGUGUCUCAUAAGGAGCUCAUACGAGAAGAUACACUGAUUAAGGAGAGCCCAGCAAUUCUAUUACAAGAUAACGUGCCGCCGAAGAGUGAAGAAAAAGUUUCUCAAACAUGUCUCAGUAGCAGCAUUUCUGAGGCAGAAAAAGCCCCUAGUGAAAAUACACCAGAUAUGAGUUUACCUGUUGAAAGCAACACUGUCAAAACCUUUGGAGAAACCAGCAAUAACUACACACAGAACGACAAGUCAGGCAUUUCUUCCCAAUUUGUGACAGUUUCAGUUGGAAUUUCUCCUGUAACAAAUGUGUCUUGCACUUUAGCUGCAGGCACUUUCUCAGGAAUUCCUGCAUCAACGUUCGUACCCAUAGUUCCAAAAAUAGGCAUGGGAAAACCAGCUAUUACCAAAAGGAAGUUUUCUCCAGGAAGACCUAGAAUGAGACAGGGCAUGUGGGCGACAAAUGCCAUGAGUUCCCCUUCCUGGUCUACAGGCAGUUAUGAAUUUCGGGAGAGUAUGGUAAAAACAAAGCAACCUCAGAGCACCAUUUGGAACAUCAAAGUGGGUCGUGGUGCUGGCUUUCCUGGGAAGAAGAGACCACGUGGCACAGGACACUCUGGUCGGGGAGUUAGAGGCAGAUCAAAACUGAAAAAUGGUAUUGGUGCUGCUAUAACGCCAGGAGUGGGUGCUAUGGAAAUGAUGGUCAAUAAGGAUGAGGAUGAAAACUCGAUGCAUAACACCGUUGUUUUAUUCUCUACAAGUGACAAAUUUACUUUGAAACAGGAUAUGUGUGUUGUUUGUGGAAGCUUUGGGAAAGGUUCAGAAGGCCGACUACUUGUUUGCUCUCAGUGCGGCCAGUGUUAUCAUCCCUACUGUGUCAGUAUUAAGAUCACCAAAGUGGUACUAAGUAAAGGCUGGCGAUGCCUCGAGUGUACAGUGUGUGAAUCCUGUGGGAAGGCCUCUGACCCAGGUCGUUUACUUCUCUGUGAUGAUUGUGACAUCAGCUAUCAUACCUAUUGCCUGGAUCCACCUUUGCAGACAGUUCCUAAAGGUGGCUGGAAAUGCAGAUGGUGUGUUUCUUGUGUACAGUGUGGAGCAACCUCACCUGGUUUCAAGUGUGAAUGGCAGAACAAUUAUACACAGUGUGCUCCUUGUGCCAGCUUGACUGCGUGCCCAGUCUGCAGCAAGAAUUACAAAGAGGAGGAGCUUAUUAUACAAUGUCGGCAAUGUGACAGGUGGAUUCAUGCUAUAUGCCAGAACCUGACCACAGAAGAUGAAGUAGAGACUGCAGCAGAUAAUGGCUAUGACUGUUUCACAUGCAGACAAUAUGCAAUGACAACUCCAGGUAUGACUACCUCAGAAGAGACUGAGUUAUCGUUGGUUACACCUCAAUUUAUUGUAAAGACAAAAGAACCAGAACCGACGAGGACGUAUACACGGGAUGGUGUCUGCCUGACUGAAGUUGGUAUGUCACAGCUCCAAAGUCUCAGUAUUGCUCCUCCACGUCGGAAGCGACCCAAGCCAAAGUUGAAGCUAAAGAUCAUAAACCAGAACAGUGUUGCUGUUUUGCAAACUCCACCUGAUCCUCAGUCUGAACAAUCGAGGGACAUGGAUGGAGAUCUAGAUGAAAGCAGAGCAGCUGACCUAAUGGACUGUGAUGCAAAAUCUGAUACACUUACUAGUCCAGAGCGGGAACCAGUAGAUGAUGACUGUAAGGGAGCUGAGGGGUCUGACAGCCUAAAGAAGAGGAAAAGGAAACCAUACAGACCUGGAAUUGGUGGGUUCAUGGUACGUCAGAGGAGCCGGACAGGACAGAACAAGACAAAACGUUCAUUGUCAAGGAAGAACUCCACUGGUUCAGUCUCUGAAAUGAUAACUGGGAAGGAGGAUGUAGGCUGGGUGGAACAACUACAAGAGCUACCUGGCGAUGAGGCAGCUGUUGCCCCUGAGAUUGUGGAGAAAAUGAAAAAGCGAUACAGGAAGAAAAAGAACAAAUUAGAAGAGAUUUUUCCAGCAUAUCUGCAGGAAGCCUUCUUUGGAAAAAAUCUUCUUCUUGCAAGUCAACACAGCAAACUGAGUCUGGAUGCUCUAUCUGACGAUGAAUUAUCUCGGCCACCAAACAGAGUUGUGAAUGCAAAUAUGAGUUUCCUGGAUCCUUCCUCUGAUCCACUGUUGAGUUCAGCCACAACUCAGGCGGCAACAAAACAUCAGGGAGGACAAGGUAGCAGUGAGGACCCUCUAGCUGAUCUCUCAGAAGUCCUAACCACAGAAGAUGAUAUCCUUGGAAUACUCUCUGAUGAAUUGGACAAAACAGGAGAUGAGACUGGUCUUGAUUUAUGCACUUUCCAGGUCGAGAAUUCACCUUCUCCAUUUGCUGGACUGGAUAUUGGCCCCAUUACAGACGAUCCAUCUGCAGUUCCCCAGCCAUGUGCAGGCCAAAGUUCGCGACCUUUGACCGAGGAACAACUAGACCGGAUACUUAGCCCUGAUCUUGAGAAAAUCGUUUCAGAUGGUACAAUUCUAAGUAAGCUGUACAAAAUUCCAGAGCUGGAGGGAAAAGAAGUGGAAGAUCUGUUCACAGCUGUAUUAAGUCCUUCAGCUAACCAGGCACCUCCACCACCGCCUCCACCACCACCUUUGCCUCCUUUGCCUCCGCCUGAACAUGGAGACGGUGGAUUUGCCAGGAUGCCAGCAAUGAAUGGUGCGAUUGGGCCACAUCCACAGCAACAAACGUCUUUAGCACCUGGAGGUGGACGAUGCCUCACUAGUUCUUAUUCUUCAAUUCCUCAGUCACCAUUCCCUGAUAACAGAGACAAGAAUCAUAUGUUUAGUCAAGUUGUAACUGAGCCUCCUAACCCAUGGGUUCCCUCUGCUCCUGCUGUGGAGGCGGAAGGAGACACACUGAACUACACACAACGGAGUACUCUGAAAUGGGAAAAGGAAGAAUCUCUGGGUGAGAUGGCAACUGUCGCCCCUGUUUUAUAUACAAACACAAACUUCCCCAACUUGAAAGAAGAUUUUCCAGAUUGGGCUACCAGAGUGAAACAAAUAGCUAAACUGUGGAGGAAAGCAAGCUCACAAGAGAGGGCCCCUUAUGUGCAAAAGGCAAGAGAUAAUCGAGCAGCACUGCGUAUAAACAAAGUUCAAAUGACCAGCGAGUCUUUGAGAAGGCAGCAGCAAGAAUGCAUCGAUUCAGUCUCUCGACCUGACUUAGACUUGCCAUUCAAAGAUCAAAUGAAGCAAAAAGAAUCAGAACACGAACAAGAAUGGAAGCUAAGACAGCAAAUGCGGCAGAAGAGUAAGCAGCAAGCCAAGAUUGAAGCUACACAAAAACUGGAACAGGUGAAACACGAGCAGCAGCAACAACAAUUUGGGUGCCAGCAGUCUUCUGCAGGGGAGGAUUCUAAUAGUCCAAAAGCAGGUGAACAGGACAGUGGACACUUGUCUCCUCUACACUUGCCCAAAGAAGGGUUUGCAAGGCCUCGGGCUCUUGGCACUUCAGUAUCAACGUCAUCAGAUGACGUCUUUCUCAGACCUCAGGCACCUCCCCCAACACCAACAAGGAUACCACUGCAGGAUCCAUUUGCACAGCCCCAGACUUCACAGUCACCAUCACCACAGAUGUUUUCUCCAGUUGCUAAUGCGUCAAGACCAUCAUCUCCUUGGGAUCCAUAUGCUAAAAUGGUUGGAACACCAAGACCGCCACCAGUUAGAAGAAAUUCACUGUCCUCUGUAGAUUCUUGUGCUGUUCCUCAAAAUGCAGCCAGGCCUUUACCAGCUACUGAACAGAUUGAGAGAAGUAGGCCUUCGUUAGCAGAUGAGUCUUUUGGGUCACCAUCACCAACUGGCAGUGAUCCUUACGCAAAGGCACCCGAUACUCCAAGACCUUCCAUGACAAUAUCAACAGAUCAUUUUUCAAAGCCAUUAGGAUUGUCUAGACCACCUUUGAAUCCUGAUCCAUCAGGGAAUAUGCCUGUAAAUGUAAAUGAUCCCUUUGCUAAACCUGCGCACAGACCUGAUAUGCUGCCUAGGCAGCAAGUCCCACAUAAUCGAAUGGGGCCUCUUGAUCUAUAUUCAAGAUCACAACAUGCACCUAAUCCAGCUAGUGUUGAAGAUGGAAGUGGACAAUUAUUUAAGACACCAAUGCCACCAAUUCAGUCACCUCAAGAUCCUUAUGCAUCUAUGCCUUUAACUCCAAGACGCACGUCUGUUGAUCCAUAUGAAAGAGCUGUGUUGAAUUCGAGACCUGUGGAUAGUUUUUCGCAAAGCCCAGCACAGUCACAGUCCCAGUCCCAGUCAAUGGAAUCUUAUGCACAACAACCUCAGACACCUCAUACUGUGAAUGAGUCGUUUUCACACAGUCAGAGAGUUCCCCGGCAAACCCAGGGUGAUACGUUUGUUCAGCAGGGGCCAAUAUCAAGACGGUCUCCUCAGGAUCCUUAUUCGCAGCCUCCAGGAACCCCUCGACCUGCAGCUGAUCCCUAUUCACAACCUCCAGGAACCCCUCGACCUGCAGUUGACCCUUAUUCACAGCCUGCAGGUACUCCUCGACCUGCGGCUGACUCUUAUUCGCAGGCCCCAGAGACCCCUCGACCUGCAGCUGACCCUUAUUCGCAGCCCCCAGGGACUCCUCGACCUGCAGUUGAUCCUUAUUCACAGCCUCCAGGGACUCCUCGACCUGCAGUUGAUCCUUAUUCACAGCCUCCAGGUACUCCUCGACCUGCAGUUGAUCCUUAUUCACAGCCUCCAGGUACUCCUCGACCUGCAGUUGAUCCUUAUUCACAGCAGUCACUAACUCCAAGAGCCCCUUCACAACAAGCAGAUCCGUAUUCCCAGCCCCCUGGUACUCCAAGGCCUUUAGUUGCAAAUCGUUUUGUACAGUCCCCAAUUAAUCAGAGGUAUUCAGAUCCAUAUGCACACCCUCCUUUAACCCCAAGACCAGUUGGCUCUGAUAGCUUUGCCCAAUCUGCAAGGCCAGUAAUUUCUGACCGACAAACAUUGACAAGGUCAAGUCAGUUGGUAAAUCAGGAUCCAUUUUUGCAACCGCCACACAACAAAGUUCCGAAUUCAAAAGAUUCAUUUGUGCGACCAGCUGAUGUGCGUGGUCGAACACCUCCAACUUCCAGACCAGCUGGAAUACAUGAUGAUGCAUUUUCACCCCAGGCACCAGCAGUGAGACCAUCUUCGGACACAUAUGGACAGACAGUACACGACCCAUACGAUCAGCCACCAAGGACCCCGAGACCUCAAACUAAUGACAAGUUUGUGCCAGGGAGACUUAAUCACGAUAUUAGUGACCAACAGGGACCUGCAUCAGAUUCCACAAAUUUUAGGAGCUCCACAGGAUCACCCUUGAAUUCACAAGUACAUCAGUUUCAUAAUGCACCCCCAACACUUGACCAAGGCCAAUCUAUUUUGACAUCUGAAGCACAGAAUAAUGUAAGCACAGGUCAUAUGGACACAGAAGAAAAGCAGCGGCAGAGGCUGAGAUUACGGGAACUGAUACUUCGACAACAACAGCAGAAGAAUGCAGUCCGUCAGGAAAAAGGCCUGCAAGAGCAAGCAAUUACAUCUGCAGCAACUCCACUUAGACACUGGCCACAAGAGGAUUUAAAACGUCAAAGUGAACUAUUUGGAAGACCACCUCCCCCCUAUCCUGGUAUUGUGAGAAUCCCUCGUGCAUCACAAACUGGACAAAGAUUUCCAGGUCUUUUUGCAAAUGAACCUCGCAGUCGUUUAAUGACUGAUGGUCAGUUUAACAGACCACCGUUUUCUGGAGAUGUUGCCAGAAUGGUCAUGAGGUCACAAGGUCCAAGGAACUCUUUUGCAGGAAAUGGACAAAGACCAUUUGCAAAUCAGGAACACUUUCUAGGGCAACACCAGAUGCAGGCAAAUGUUCCUGGCCUUCCACAGCAGCUAAGACGAUCACUGUCUGUGGACUUUACCAGGUCUUUAAACAAUCCACAGGUGAACAAUGGUGUAAUUAUCCCUCAACAUUUUCCUCCUCGGGGUAUGCAAAUUCCCCAGCACAAUAUUUCAGGACAACCAUUCAUAGAACUACGGCACAGAAUACCAGAAAACAGGCCACGACUUCCUUUUGCAUCAAUGGUGCCUUCACGUGGUUUAGAUCCAACUAGCCAGCAGCAAAGACCUGGUGGAGUUCCUGUACCAGGGCAGGGUGCUUUCUCUCCAAGUCAGGGACCAAAAUCACUGGAUUCUGUGUCAAAUCACCAGCGUGGCAUACAUAAUCAAAUGGAAAAUUGUGGUAACUUAGAUCAACUUAAUCAGCACCAACAGCAAAUGCAUAUAAAUCAUCCGGCCAUGCCCCUUUCUCGUUCUUUGAGCAAUCCACCUGCCAGUGAAGCUUUUACAUCAACAGUCUCCUUGUCUGCCAGUGUGUCUACGCAAGGAGACAAUAUAGUAGAAAAACUUGAUUCUGAUGAGCCUUCAGUGAAAGAUCUUGAUGUUAAGGACCUUGAUGGAGUGAGAGAUCUAGAAGUUAAAGACUUAGAUGAUGAAGAUUUAGAAAACUUAAAUUUGGAUCCGGUAGAUGGGAAAGGUGAUCCUGACUUGGAUAAUUUAGACAACCUAGAAACAAAUGACCCACAUUUGGAUGACCUCUUAAAAUCAGGAGAGUUUGACCUUAUUGCUUAUACAGACCCUGAGCUUGAUCUAGGUGACAAGAAGGAUAUGUUCAAUGAAGAAUUGGAGCUCAAUGAUCCAAUAGAUGAUAAAUUGGAUGAACAGAAUAAAACUGGAGAACUAAAAUGUGACCAAGCAGCUAAAGCAGGAAAACAAUCUGAUUGUUGCUCUGACAAAGAAGAAACUGCAAAAUCAAGUGGAGGAUCUGAUGAACAUAGUCCUAAAGAUUCAAAGCAUUCUGUAAAAUCUGAAAAUGGUGUUAAUGAUGGUAAUCAUGAAGCUUCUUUUAGUACAGGUACUCCUGAGACUGAGAUGAAAGAUACAGUAGCAGAUAAUGGACCUGCUUCUAACCCUUGCAUUGAAGGAGAACUGGAAGUGGCAAAGGGAGAGGAAAAAGUUGAUGAUAACACAGAAUCUAAGGAGGCUAGCCCAGGUUUCAGUGACUCUCAAUCUUCUACCCAAGCAUCUAAUUCUAUAGGGGACAAUUCUUGCAAUCUAACUGGCUCUACUCCAGUCCUUUCAAGUUUGUUAACUGAGAAGCCAAGUAGUUCUGGACUUGCAUCAUUGGGCUCACCAGCCCAGGUUGUACCAUCACCUCAACCACAUCCAAAUAUUGGUAUCUCACAAUCUCCUAAUUUGGCAGUCUCUCCAGGGCAAAUUCCUGACAAUGCAAUAAAUCAAAAUUUGCAGAUGGGUCAAAGAUUAAACCGUAGCUUUUCACAAGGCACUUCAGGAAAUCGGGCCUUUUUCCAAACACAGCCGCCUGGCCAGAAUUAUACAGCAGGCCUACAGCCAAGUCAAAAUGUGGUUAUUGCAAAUCAACCAGGUCCCAGUAAUCUACCCAGCACACAACAAAUCAUGCUCCCUCAGGGCGUGGGUCCUCAGGGUCAGCGUGAGCGACCCCUUCUUUUAGAAGAGCAACCUCUCCUUUUACAGGACCUUUUGGAACAAGAAAGGCAGGAGCAGCAGCAGCAGCGACAAAUGCAGGCUAUGAUACGCCAUCGAUCCACUGAUUCUUUUUUCCCCAAUAUUGAUUUUGACGCAAUCACCGAUCCAAUAAUGAAAGCAAAAAUGGUGGCCUUGAAGGGGAUCAAUAGAGUUAUGGCCCAAAGUAAUUUGGGAAUGCCACAAAUAGUAAUGAAUAGAUUUCCGUUUGUGAGUCAGCAAAUGUCUAGUACACAGAGUGGUGACAGUGGACAGAAUCCCGUCCUUCAAGGAGCUGGCCCGGAUGGGAGUUUGCCACCCCAAAUGUCACGACCAAAUCCUCCAUCUUUUGGUCCAGGUUUUAUGAAUAAUGCACAGAAGAAGCAGUAUGAGAAAUGGCUGCAGGAUACCCAGCAGCUCCUCCAAAUACAGCAGAAAUAUCUUGAGGAACAAAUUGGGACACACCGAAAAUCUAAGAAGGCACUCUCUGCUAAGCAGCGUACUGCCAAAAAAGCUGGACGAGAGUUUCCAGAAGAAGAUGCAGAACAGCUUAAGCAUGUAACGGAGCAGCAGAGUAUGGUGCAGAAGCAGUUGGAACAGAUUCGAAAACAACAAAAGGAACAUUCUGAACUUAUGGAGGAAUAUCGUCUGAAACAGCAGCAACAAUGUGCAAUGCCAUCACCUACCAUGCUGCCGACUGGAUCAGUCCAGCCCCCCUCAGUCCAAGGUGGGGCACCGUCUUCAGUAAAUCAACAGAGUUUCUCAGUACUGCCACAACAACCCCAACAACAACUUCAGCCACCUGUUCCAAACCAGCAAAAUGCUACUAGAAUGACUAAUGCUCCUCAAUGGCAACCUUGCAAUGCUAAUGCACCUGCACCUCCCCACAUGCCAGUGGGGGUGGGUAACCCAGGGAUGCAACACCCUGCACCACCUCAGUUGCCAGUAACGAGCACACAAUCUACUCAAGCAGUAACCGUCACAACAAAUCAACAGUCCAAUGUACCACCACGAGUUGAAUUUGAUGACAACAAUCCAUUCAGUGAAAGUUUUCAGGAGAGGGAAAGGAGGGAGCGUUUACGAGAGCAACAGGAAAGGCAGAGAAUCCAGCUCAUGAAGGAGGUGGAACGCCAUCGUGCUAUGCAGAAGAGGAUGGAAAUGGAGCAACAGCAAGGCAUGGCAGCUUUAAACACACCUGCCCUCUCUCAAAUGCCAUAUUUUAAUUCUGAUUUGCUUUGUGAUUUCAUGCAGUCUCAAAGGCCUCAACAGCAGCAGCAAGUUCAGCAGAUGGGACUUGUUCCUCCCCAGCAACAGAAUCUGUUUCCUCAAUUCAUGAACUCAUCGCCUCAACCACCUUUCAUGCAGUGCAAUGAUGGUAGACCAGUGGGAGCACCAGGAUUUGGCCCUGAGGCCCAUACUGUCCCAGGUGGAUGCCCACCUGCCCAUCCUAUGAAUCAGGUACCAUCUGGACUUGGGUUUCCACAAAACCAGCCAAGAGCUCCCUUUGGGCCAUGUAUGCCCACAGGCUCUCAGGGAAAUAGCGAUGGAGCUUCUUUUGGCCCAGAUAAUGGAAUGCAACUACCAGGCAAUUACCCAGGUCCAGGUCAAUCUCUCAUUCAACUUUAUUCCAACAUUAUACCAGAGGAAAAAGGGAAGAAGAGGAGAAACAGAAAGAAGAAGAAAGACGAUGACAGUGACUCAGUCAAGACGCCAUCUACUCCUCAUUCUGACAUCACUGCACCAGCUACCCCCACUAUUUCUGACUCUGCCUCUAACCCAUCGGUUAAUCUGCCUGGGGAAUUUGGGUUUAAUCAGAGUGAACAGGAGAAUGAAGAGGUAAACCAAUCAGUUGAUAAUUCAAAUGACCACCAGCCUCCAUCUGAACUUGAACGGCAACUUUCUUCCAGUGUCAGUGCACCACACAGACUUAUGACACAACAAGUUGGUCUGCCGUCCGAAACAGAUCAUACUUCAUCAAAUGACGAUGCUCAGACAAACACUGUGAAAGUGGAACAGGCAGAAACCACACAAUGCCAAGAUAAUUCUCAGUGCAAGGUGGAAACACAGAAUUCAGUAAAGGUAGAGGGAAAAGUCAGUUUGCAGCAGCCUGCUGUUUCAACACAGAAUCCAGCUGCAGGAAAUGUGUCAGCAUCAAAGCAAGAAUCAGGAAAUGAGCUUUUGAAACACCUACUGAAGAACAAAAAUGUUCCGUUGCCUCCCCACCAAAUAGCAGAAGAAAAACCUGAAGGUGAAUCAUGUAUGGAAAGCAAAUUAAAGAAACAAAGUCCAUUUGAGGGACAGAGUCCACCAACUGGUUUUAACUUCGAUGGAAAGGUGAGUCAGUUGCUGAGGAAGGAUUCAGAGGAAGAAAAGAAACGACCCAAAAACAAAAGAUCACAGAAAACAGCUGAGAAGACUGUAUCACGCUACAAGAAACGUAAAAAAGAUGAGGAGGACAGGCAAGCAGUCUACCCCAAUACAGAUGUGCUAAUGAACCAGUUAAAGCAGCAACUGACUCUUCUCCCACUACUGGAACCAACUAUCAGUGUGAAUUUUGCAUACUUCCCUCCCUACGGUAGUGGACAAUUGAAUGGUGAUAAUCUACUCACAGGAUCUUUUGGCAGUGCUGUUCUUGACAGUGUUCCAGAUUACUACUCUCAGUUGAUUUACAAGCAGAGCAAUUUGAGCAAUCCUCCCACCCCACCGGCCUCCUUGCCUCCUACACCCCCACCUGUGGCACGUCAGAAGCUGGUGAAUGGUUUUGCUACCACUGAUGAGCUCUCUGGAAAACCAGGACACCCUGAUGUUGGCAAAGGCCUUGGACCAAAACAGUAUCAGCUGCCAUUUAGACCUGAAGAUGAUCUGUUGGCAAGAGCUUUGGCCCAUGGACCGAAAACAGUAGAUGUUCCUGCCUCCCUCCCUACUCCACCCCACAACAAUCAUGAGGACCUGAGAGGCCAGGAGCAUUGUGGUGAUGAUGACCGUGAUUCGCCAGACAGCUUUGUAGCUUCGUCGUCUCCAGAAAGCGUAGUAGGCAUGGAGAUCAGCAGAUAUCCUGAUCUCACUCUGGUGAAAGAAGAGCCACUGGAUGCAGCUCCAUCCCCAGUCAUUCCCAUGCUUCCAAGUUCCACUGGCAAAGGUUCAGAAGUUCGACAGAGUGAGGUUAAAAUGGAGCCAACCUUCGGAAACAUGGGUUCAACCAUGUUUUUCGGAAAUCAGUUUACGCAGUCCCAGAAUGGGCCCAAAAUUGGUUUUGUGUCAGUUGCACUUACUCUGACUCCAUCAGCUGCUGAGGAUAUUAAUGGUGUUGUAGCAAGAGUGGCUGACUUCCUACACAUUAAAGUUCCUAACAGUUAUGAGGUCAGCAGUGCACCUGAACCACCUUCAAUGCCUUUGAUUAAUGCUUACAAAUUCACCCAAGCCUUGGAGAGCAGACCUUCACUAAUGGCUCAUGGUUCUCACCCUUGUUUUACUGGCCCUGUCAAGAUAAUGAGACCUGUUGGGCCUACUGGCCUACCAUAUAUGAUUCCUGCCAGUGGCACAGUGGCACUCAAAGCAGACAAUCGAGCAGUCAUGAACAGCUCUACCAGUUCGAAACCUCAGUGGUGCCGUCAUUGUGAUGUUGUGGUGCUUGGUAAUGGUGUACGGAAGACAAUCACUGAUCUUCCAUUAUACAAGCAGGAUUCAAGAAACGGAACAAGCAAACCUGAGCCUGAUAUUGUCUUCUGUAGCAAUAAUUGCUUUGUCCAGUACGCUAUGGCCACACAAGCAAAAACUCCAGAGUUAAAGCAACAGGAACUUACAUCUGCAGUGGUAGAGCAGCCAGCCAAAGAUGUGACGCGAAACACAUUCCAUCACUAUAACAACAACACCUCCUCCUUAGAUGUCCAUCGACUUCCGCGGAUUCAGGAAAACGCAGUGUCUCCAACUACAAUUGCUUAUUUCCCUCCUGCCAACCUGCAGGUUCUCAAACAAGAGUCGAAAGCUGAAGAUCUCAAGGUGACUGUGAAGCUGAAGCCUAGAUCAAGGUCCACACCGGAGGAUCCAGAUGACAAUUGUCCAGCAGUUAAAAGAUGGAAAGGGAUGAAGUGGAAAAAGUGGAGAGUUCAAAUAGUCCUUCCUAAAGCCCAUUUGAAGUUAGCAUCAGAGGAAGAGAUAGAUGAACUCCUGAAGAAACUUGGUACAUCCCUAAAGCCUGAACCCAUGCCACGAGACUAUAGGAGAUGUUGUUUAUGUCAUGAAGAAGGUGAUGGAACAACCAACGGGGCUGCAAGGCUCCUGAAUCUUGAUCUUGAUCUCUGGGUCCACUUGAACUGUGCUCUUUGGUCCACAGAAGUAUAUGAGACCCAAGCUGGCGCAUUGAUUAAUGUGGAGAUGGCUUUAAGACGUGGCCUUUCUAUGAAGUGUGUUUUCUGUCAUAAAAUGGGAGCUACUGGUACAUGUCACCGGAUAAGAUGCACCAAUAUUUAUCACUUUACCUGUGCCAGUAAAGCCCAAUGCAUGUUUUUCAAGGACAAGACAAUGCUCUGCUCAAUUCAUAAACCAAAGGGACCCCAUGAGCAGGAGUUGACAUACUUCGCUGUCUUUAGGAGGGUCUAUGUGCAACGGGAUGAGGUCAAACAAGUUGCCAGCAUUGUACAGCGAGGAGAACGCAACCACACAUUUCGUGUUGGUGGCUUAAUUUUCCAUGCCAUCGGGCAACUUCUCCCACAGCAGAUGCAGUCUUUUCACAGCCCUAUAGCACUCUACCCAGUUGGAUAUGAAGCAAGCCGUUUUUACUGGAGUACACGUUACUCCAACAAACGCAGCCGAUAUCUCUGCUCCAUUGAAGAGAAAGAUAAUGUCCCAGAGUUUGUAGUAAGGGUUAUUGAACAAGGUCAUGAAGAUCUGGUCUUAACAGGAAGUUCUCCAAAAGGAGUGUGGCAAAAGCUCCUGGAGCCCAUCGCUCGCCUUAGAAAAGAUGCUGACAUGCUGAAACUCUUUCCAGACUACCUGAAGGGUGAUGACCUGUUUGGCUUGACUGUUUCUGCAGUCACAAGGAUCGCGGAAUCGCUACCUGGAGUAGAGAACUGUGAAAACUACACUUUCCGAUACGGUCGCAAUCCAUUGAUGGAACUUCCACUUGCAAUAAAUCCUUCAGGCAGUGCUCGGUCCGAACCCAAAAUGAGUUCCCAUGUCAAGAGGUUUGUGUUAAGGCCGCACACUCUGAACAGUACCAGUACGUCCAAGUCUUUUCAGAGCACCGUCACGGGAGAGCUGAAUGCACCUUAUAGCAAGCAAUUUGUCCAUUCCAAAUCCUCUCAGUAUCGCAAAAUGAAGACCGAAUGGAAGAUAAAUGUGUACCUGGCUCGUUCUCGAAUCCAGGGUCUCGGUUUGUAUGCUGCCCGAGAUAUUGAGAAGCAUACUAUGGUCAUCGAGUACAUUGGAACAAUCAUCCGUAAUGAAGUGGCUAACAGGCGGGAGAAACUUUACGAAGCACAGAAUCGUGGAGUAUACAUGUUUCGCAUUGACAGUGAUCACGUUAUUGAUGCAACAUUAACAGGAGGUCCUGCAAGAUAUAUUAAUCAUUCCUGUGCACCGAAUUGUGUGGCUGAGGUGGUGACCUUUGAGAAAGGACACAAAAUAAUCAUCAGCUCCAACCGUAGGAUUCAAAAAGGAGAGGAGCUAUCGUAUGACUACAAGUUUGAUUUUGAAGAUGACCAGCACAAGAUCCCAUGUCACUGUGGAGCUGUAAACUGCCGCAAAUGGAUGAACUAACUGCAUUCCUUGCAAUAUUUCUGGGGUUCGCUUGUCCCUGGGAAAAGAUGCUUAAAAUCUCUUUUUUUAUAUAAAGAAAUAAGCCUGGAGCUCUCAAAUAAUUUUCCUCAUCUCCAGCAGCAGCACAGAAUUCUGUAACAAGCAUAAACUAAAGACUGGUUAAGUUGCCAGUUGUCCAUCUGUUCAUUUAUAGUGCAGGUGGAAGCAGAUUACUAAAUGGUCUAGCACUGGAGUUACUGUCCUGUAUUGACUAGAAAUGAGAAAUGGUUUUAUUAGGAAAAGAACCAAUGGCUGGCCUGCUUUCAAGUAGGAUAGGCACUUAUGAAUGUAGGACUGAAUUCACCAGCUAGGGGAAGGAUCAACAGUGCUGGCCACCGCCUUAUUUGCAAGGGGCAGGCCCUCUAAUUUAAAAAUAAAUAAAUAAUUAAAAGUAGACACCACUGAACAAGGAAUGUACUGAGAUGACUUCCUUAGGGAUACAGCUAAGGGAAAUAACUUGCACUAAAAAAAACAUUUAAAAUACUUGAUUCCAUGAGUCAGUUUAUUGUAGUUUUUUGAUUUCUGUAUGAUAAAAGAGAAACAUUUUUGUAUUUAUUGGAUAAGUGAAUGAAGCUAUUUUUAAAAAUAAAUGUAGAAGAAAGCCAAGCUGCUGCUGUUACCUGCAGAUAUAAAAUCCUGUUACUUUGUAAAAAGUGUAAAUAGAAUGAGGAAUAAACAGAAUAAAAACAAAUGACCAAAUGCUACCUGACGCUGCAGCUGUUUGCUUUUAGUGGAGUUCCCCGAGUCAGGUUCCAUGGCAUAUAAUUUUAACCAACUGUGAAUUAGGUUCAAAACCACACCCAGGUAGUGGCAAGAAGCCCCUUUAGCAAACCUAGAUAAAAAGGUGGAGCAUUGCUGACAUAAGAUAUUCAGCAAAAUCAUGUAAGAGUUGUAGCCUCAAAGAAUAGUUUUUAUUUUUAAGCAAAAUUAUGAAAUGUAAUUAUGCUAACACUGCAGGAUUUUUGACAAUAGGGUUUUGGAAUAAAUAAGAAAAUAGGCACAAAAAUAUUAUUUGUAUGGAUUGUUUUUGUUUACAUUUCUUUAAACAAACACUGUUUUGUGUUGGCUUAUAGAGGUUUAAAAUAUGCAUUUUGAACCAGGUUAGCUUUAUUUUGUACUUACAGAAAAGAAAUAACUGGUACUGACACUUCACAAUUAUAAAGUUCAAAUGAAGUUUGUGUGCACAUUAUCAGUAAACUGUUAUAUUCAAUGAAACGGUCAUAAAAUGUAAUGUAUAUGGCAUGUUGUAUUUUUUACCUUGCAGAAGAAAUCAAAUGUACAUAGUUCUUGAUAAAUAGCUGUAUGAAUUUGUUUCCUGGAUUUUUUUUCUCUUGUACAAUAAUAUUCCAACAUCCCACCAGUAUUUGUCCUACAGUUUUUUUUUCUGUUCUGUAUAAUAGUAUCUAAUGUUGGGGGAAAAAGCAGCUUUUUUUUUGAAGUAUAACGAGUGUUAUUGGGUUCUGGAGUUUGUGCAGCCAGAUUAGA